UUUUUAAUGCUCCUUGCGUUAAAAGCCGGCUUCCUAGGUAUCUAUCUUCAUUUAAUUAGAACUUUUUAUUCAGUUAGACUAGGUACUUUUUACUAAUAGUGUCAACGCAUCAAGGAUCACACACAGGAAAUGAUAUAAAUAACUUUUGGAAAUUUUAAAACUUUAGUAUUAGAAGAAGUGGAGAUUGUUGAACAUUAAUUACCUUGAUAUUUGAUUAGUAGACCUAAGGAAACUGAUUAUGAACACAAGGUUCAAUUAAGAAAUUAAAGAGUGAAGCUGAAAGAUUAACAUUAAUGCAAUGAGUUAAUUGUGUGAAUUUUUAUUGUUAUAAACAAUGAGUACUAUCUUAUAUUUCAUGUACAUUUUUGUAUUCAUCUUGAAAUCACUAUUUCAAACUUGAAGAGCUUAGAGUUAACUUAAAUUGUUUCUUCCACCAAUUUUGGUUACCAUAACACAACAGUUUUCUGGAAAUGAAUUGUUGCUUUCUUUGAAACAGUAUUUGAGACAACCACGUGGUGAGAAUCGACACGUGUUGUCAUAACCAAAACAAAAGGAACGAAGAGUCAUGAGAAUACGUUUCGCAAAGUCGCGUGAGAGUGCUGGCAUUUAGGAUUGAAUGCAAGGUGCAUACGCAAUGUAUGUACGUGACUCAACGACAAUCAUCGCUUUCGCUGUCUAGUCCCAAAAAUUACCAAACAAUAUGAUAACACUUUUUUCUCCGCUUUUAUUCUUAAUUCACUUGAACUUUCCACGAAAGUAUAAUUUAAAUGUAUCUUUUGUAAUAUAAACAUUUCAAUGUUAAGACUGCGGAAAUAAUCUUUUUACGACAGGUUAAAAUGCUUUCCUGUGAUAAUUCAUCGUAGAGAUAACGAGGUCUAGUAUGAAAGUAAAGAGACAAUCGCUUUCGUCGUGAUGUAACGUUCACGAAAAAUCAGCUAAACGAAUCGUGAAAGUCUUUGUUGCUUUCUUCCUUCCUUUCAAUUUUACGACCUAAAUUUUUGUACACUCUACGAGCGAACGCUAUUAUCCCCUUUUUUUCUAGAGCAUAAUGGGAUCCUAGGAGGUGUCCACUCGUCUGGUGACUCUAAUAACACGUAUCACGUUUGACAUUACAAAAUCAUUGCAAAGUUGUUGAACCGGCUUCUUUUACGCAACAGCACAUAAUUAUUCUACGGUAGAACUUACUGUCCAUAUCUGGCGAAAAAAAGAAAUGAAACAAGAGAAGCGAAAGUAAUUACAUCUUCUACAAGGGUCACUCGAUAAAUAGAAACUGGUUUUUGUUGCAACCGGCAUUUUUCGAAGACUGAAGUUUACUUCCUGGAAGGUCCUACAUCAUAAAUUUAAGAUUCUCAAAUUUACACAUUGUAUACAAUUCUUUUCCAUAACUUUUUCUGUAAUAUUUGUUUUGCUACAGUUCUGCUAUAUAUUUCUUUCCUAUGUAUAGAAUACACAUACUAUGUAUUCAGUUAGUGUACGUAUUCAGUUUACUUGUAAUUAAUUUCUUGUGACAUACCUCAUACGUAACACAGAAAUUGAUAUCUGGAAUUACGUGCUUUCGAUUAAUCGCGAUUUUUCCAAUAAGUAGUAUGCGUCAAGUACUUCAGUAGAAGUGGAUGUUUGCAGUGUCAAUGAGCGUUUUGAAAUACUGUUUCAAGACUCCGCUGAAAUGUUUGGAACAACAUUCGAAGAAUGCGGUUCUGAAACAACGACACGUGAUUCAGUUGCGUUUAUCGUUUGCACAGUCAUCCUAGAGAUCAUUAUGCACAAUUUAUGUAGAAGAUAUAGCGUUGCAGCGUACUGUUAUCUUUUUGUACAUGAUCCCUCUGUAUCCAUAAUUUUAAUAUUUUUACGCCAUUAUUCUUCACCUUAUGAUUGUCUCGUGCAGCAAAGUAGUCAAUGUUCUUGUGCAAUGAUGAUGUGCAAAUACGCUCGUGUACGAGCAUCGAAAUCACCGGACAAUUCACUCCGAGCACAGAUCAAGGAAGACAGAAUGCUGCAUUUGUGGGAGAUGAGGAUCACAGAACGACGACCUUCCAGGGAUCAAACACAGACAAUGAUAAAAAGUUUCAAGUCAACUCCUUCAACUUCAACUAUGAAGUUCAAGAUGAUCGUAAACUACCACUCUCCUUAUCUCUUCCAGAAGAAAUGUCCAUGGUAGAGGACGAACCUGGGAGAGCAACCUGGGGCAACGAAUUGGAAUUUCUGAUGUCUUGCAUCGCCAUGUCUAUUGGCCUCGGCAAUGUUUGGAGAUUUCCAUUCACUGCCUAUGAAAAUGGCGGUGGAGUGUUCCUGAUUCCUUACAUAAUUGUUCUUUUUCUGGUCGGAAAACCUUUCUACUAUCUAGAGAUGAUAAUGGGACAAUUCUGUAGCAGGUCAUCGGUGAAAAUGUGGUCAGCAGCUCCAGGAUUUCGAGGUGUCGGCUGGGCACAAAUGUUCUCCAUGCUUGCCGUGGGAACUUACUAUUGUUCUCUGAUGUCUGUAACACUUUAUUAUUUAAUUGGGAGCUUUCGAUCUCAGCUUCCGUGGUCCACCUGUCUCGAGGAAUGGGGGGACUCCUGCGUCGACUCUGGAGGGUCUUACAAUGUCACUGACAGAAAUAGAACAGGCAUGAAAACUUCGGCUGAACUUUAUUUUAGAAAAGUGGUGCUAAAAGAAAAACCGAACAUCGACGACGGCAUAGGAGCUCCAGAUUGGAAGCUGACGAUUUGUCUCCUGUUCGCUUGGAGUUGUAUAUUUGCCGUCCUAGCACGCGGAGUGAAGAGUUCUGGAAAGGCAGCCUAUUUCCUCGCUAUUUUCCCUUACAUCAUCAUGAUCAGCUUGCUGAUCAGAGCGGUAACGCUGGACGGUGCUGUGAACGGGAUUAUUUUCUUCAUCAAGCCGAACUGGGAGAAGCUGUUCGAUGCGAACGUUUGGUACGCUGCUGUAACACAGUGCUUCUUUUCGCUGUCUGUGUGCUUCGGUGGUGUCGUCAUGUACUCGUCCUACAACGACUUUAGACACAAUAUAUACAGAGAUGUUAUUGUGGUAACUACUUUGGAUACAUUCACAAGCUUAAUGGCAGGAUUCACUAUUUUUGGGAUCCUGGGGAACUUGGCUCACGAACUGGGUAUCGAAGACAUCCGCAAGGUGGUUCGAGGAGGAACCGGUCUUGCAUUUGUCUCUUAUCCUGACGCUAUAGCAAAGUUCACUGUCCUCCCACAGUUAUUUUCAGUCCUAUUCUUCCUGAUGCUCUACGUCCUCGGCAUUGGAAGUGCCAUCGCACUGGCAGGCGCAAUUAUAACCAUCGUCAGCGACCAGUUCCCAAGUUUCAAGUACAUUUACGUUGUACUUGGUACAGUCACCUUUGGUUUUUUUGUUGGCAUCAUUUAUUGUACACCUGGUGGUCAGUUCAUGUUGGAGUUGGUCGAUUACUAUGCUGGCUCCUUCAUCGUCUUCAUUUUAGCUACCCUUGAGAUAACCGGUAUAUUCUGGGUGUACGGUUUGGAGAACUUUUUGGACGACGUGGAGUACAUGUUGAAGAGAAGGCCGUCCAUUUAUUGGAGAGUCUGUUGGAGCGUUAUUACUCCUCUUCUAUUAGCUGUGAUUUUAAUUUACACGUUAGCUACACUGCAACCCCUGACCUACAGCGGUAUUUCCUAUCCUGACAGUGCACAUGCGGCUGGAUGGACCAUUUGUGCAUUUGGUAUCCUACAAAUUCCAUUCUGGAUGAUGUACACUAUCAUUUCAAAGAAGAACUUACAAGUGUCUGAAAUGAUCAAGUCAGCCUUCAGACCCUCAGCAAACUGGGGACCCAAAAAUACCAGAGAGCUGGCCUCUUGGAGCGAGUUCAAAGAGACUAGGCGAAAAAUAAGAGAAAAGCGUGAAUGCUCAAAAAUCAAGCAGUUCGUUUACGUGCUGCUGUGUUGGGAGGACAAACUCGUCUAAUAAUAAGUCGGUUAAAAACAUUUGUUCUAGUUAAUUAUAAUUUAUAUAUCGCUUCAGUAUCUGCAUUUCAAAAAUAAGUUCUCUUAGUCACUCUUUGUAGCAAAUUUCAGUAUUUUUUGCUUUAAUUUUUUUUUUGUAGAUGUAGUUUAAUUUACAUUGUACAAAAUCUUUCCUUUUUUAAAUCGUUUGUACCUGUGUAAGUAUUAAUAUGCAGAAGUAGCAAACUGCCGUUGAAAGUAUUUUAAUAUACACGACAUUUAUUUAUUAAACAUCACCGCUCUAAACAUCAAAGAAUAAUUAUAACUUCUUUGAAAUUUAAUUAUGACUUUGAAUGCAAUAAAUUAGUCAUCAAGAUAUUGGUCA